ACGUGAAAUCGCUGGGUUAUGUAAGUUGGAUGGCGAACUCCCCUCCUCCGCAGUACUAGUUCCUUUCUCUCGGCGAACUCCCCUCGUCGAUGGCGGCAGCGUCGCCUCUCUCUUCGAUCUCCAGCCUCCCCCUUUCCCUUCCUUCCUCCUCCUCUCCGUCGAAGCCGAAGCACCACCGAAGUCUCUCUAACCUCUCAUCUUCUUCAGCUCUGCGGAGUUCUGAGUCCCGGAGAACCAUUAUGAGAGCCUCCACUUCAGUCUAUGAGAAGCAACGGAUCGAUCUUCAUGUUGAAAUCCGGAAGUUCUGCCGAAAGGGAGAUCUAAAAGAGGUCAUGAGAUUGAUUUCUGACAGCGAAUCGGAGGAUCACUGCAUUAAUUCCGAGACUUUUUGCUCUGUUCUUCAGCUUUGCGCCGAGCUUUGCUCGUUGGCCGAUGGUAGGAAAGUCCACGCUAUUUUGUCCUCCUCCGGUAUCAAAAUUGACACCCUUUUGGCUUCAAAACUGGUCUUUAUGUACGUUAAAUGCGGCGACUUGGGAGAAGGAAGAAGGGUUUUUGACAAGAGUGCCGCCAAAGAUCACAUUUUCCCUUGGAAUCUUUUGCUAAAUGAGUACGCCCAGGUUGGUGACUUGGAAGAAAGCAUCGAUCUUUUCAAAGAGAUGCAGUAUUCAUCCGUUAAGCCAGAUUCCUACACGUUCUCCUUGAUCUUGAAGUGCUUUGCCACUGUGGGUGGUGUCUCCGAAGGUGAACAAGUUCAUGGGAGGCUGAUAAAACUAGGUUUUGGUGCUUACAAUGCAGUUGGGAAUGCUCUCAUUGCCUUUUAUUCCAAAUGCAAUAGAAUCAAUAGUGCUGUUGAUAUGUUCGAUGAAAUGCCCGAUAAAGAUGUCAUAUCUUGGAACUCCUUAAUUAAUGGUUGUGUUUCUAAUAGUCUUCCAAGAAAGGGAGUUGAGCUGUUCACAGACAUGUGGUUUUCGGGAAUGGAUAUAGAUUCAGCAACACUCGUGAGUGUUCUCCCAGCUUGUGCUGAAUUGGGUAUUCUUACACUAGGUAAAGCGGUUCAUGGGUAUUCGAUAAAAGCUGCUUAUAGUAAGGAGGUAACUGUCAAUAACUCUCUGGUCGACAUGUACUCAAAAUGUUGUAGUUUGGAAGGUGCGUCUCGAAUUUUUGAGAGGAUGGUUCAGAGGAGCGUUGUGUCAUGGACUUCGAUGAUCCAGGCAUACACUCGAGCUGGGCUGUUUGAUGAAGCAAUUGCAUUAUUUGGAGAAAUGGAAUCAGUGGGUGUCAGACCAGAUCUAUUUGCUGUCACAAGUGCUCUUCAUGCUUGUUCUUGUCGUGGGUCAUUAGACCAAGGGAAGAAUAUCCAUGAUUAUAUAGUUAGGAAUAGAUUGGAGAAGAAUCUUAUUGUUGCCAAUGCACUUAUGGACAUGUAUUCAAAAUGUGGGAGUAUGGAAGAAGCUAGAUCCAUUUUUGAUAAUACCACCAGUAAGAAUAUUAUCUCAUGGAAUACCUUGAUUGGAGGCUACUCAAAGAACUGUUUUCCUAAUGAAGCACUUAGUCUGUUCAGCAAAAUGCAAUUCCACAUGAGGCCUAAUUCAGUGACCAUGGCCUGCGUCCUUCCUGCUGCUGCUAGUCUUUCAUCUUUAGAGAAAGGCAGAGAGAUCCACGGCCACAUAUUAAGGGCAGGGCAUUUUUCAGAUGGUUACGUGGCAAAUGCUCUUGUUGAUAUGUACACAAAAUGUGGUGCAUUACUUCUUGCACGUCUGCUCUUUGAUAGAAUGUUCCAAAAGGAUCUUAUCUCAUGGACAGUGAUGAUUGCUGGAUACGGCAUGCAUGGGCACAGAAGAAAUGCUAUCACUGUCUUCAAGGAGAUGAGAGGCAGUGGUGUGGAGCCAGAUGAAGUUUCUUUUACUGUCAUACUAUACGCUUGCAGCCAUUCUGGACUCAUUCAUGAGGGAUGGGAAUUCUACAAUAUAAUGAGAAAUGAAUACAAGAUAGAGCCUAAAUUGGAGCAUUAUGCAUGUGUGGUUGAUCUACUUAGUCGUGCUGGAUGUUUAGUCAAAGCAUAUGAGUUCAUAAAAUCAAUGCCAAUAGAGCCAGAUUCCACUGUUUGGGGUGCAUUGCUCUGUGGUUGUAGAAUCCAUAGGAAUGUCAAACUUGCUGAGAGAGUUGCUGAACAUGUUUUUGAAUUAGAACCAGAGAAUACGGGCUAUUAUGUCCUCCUUGCAAAUAUAUAUGCAGAGGCAGAGGAGUGGGAGGCUGUGAGAAAACUAAGGCAAAAGAUCAGUGGCCAUGGACUGCGGAAGAGCCCAGGCUGCAGUUGGAUAGAGAUCAAGAGCAAGAUUCAUGUCUUUGUUGCAGGCAACAAGUCACAUCCACAAUCAAAGAAGAUUGAGCUAUUUCUCAAAGAGGUGAGGAGAAGGAUGAAGGAUGAGGGUUAUGUUCCAAAGAAGAGGUAUGCCUUGAUAAAUGUGGACGAUACAGGGAAGGAAGAUGCUCUUUGUGGGCACAGUGAGAAGCUGGCCAUUGCCUUUGGUAUUUUGAACUCCCCAAAAGGUAAGCCCAUUCGAGUGGCAAAGAACUUGAGAGUAUGUGGUGACUGUCAUGAGUUUGCCAAGUUCAUGUCCAAGAUGGUGAACAGGGAAAUCAUCUUGAGGGACUCCAAUUACUUCCACCAUUUUGAGGGAGGGAGGUGCUCUUGCAGAGGUUAUUGGUGAACCUUGACUAGAACUUGGAGCGAAUUAAGGGUGGUCUAUAAGCAGGAAUACAGAUUCUCAGAAGAAAAACUCUAGUUGGCAGUUACGCACACAAGCGUCCAGAAGUUGAAGUCAUAGAUGGGUCUUGAAGAUAAAUCUUGUGUUGCUGCAUGACAACUUGUACAUAUCACAAUUUUGGCAGAGUGAACAUCAAUGCUUUUCUUACAGUAAUGAAAGGAUUGACAUGUUGUAAGUUUAGCAAGGUGUCCUUGCGCUGUGAUUGCUCCAGUCAUUCCAUAAGCAUUUGAAGUCCAGGCUAUACAUGGUCCAUGUGAUUACUUGCAGUGCCUGGAUUUGAUGGGCUGAGGAAAACUUAUAUUGCAUCAAGAACUCACAAUGUAGAGGAAAACAAACUGAAGUCUGCAAGAAUUGAUAACAUGCAGUCCUCCAUCCCUUCCCUCUUAGUCAGGUCAACUAGCAAGGUGAAAAUUACAAUGUACCUAUUGCUUCGGUCAGAUAUCAUCCAUCACUGGUUGAAGGAAGAAAAAUAUUUUGAAAAAAAAGGUUGUUUCUAGUCUGAUCAAUUGGCGGGUGGAUAUUAUGGGGGAAUAGUAAUAGAAUUCUACAGAAUUGCUUCACUUUUUAAUGAUUAUAUACUGGAGAAGAAUAUCUUUUGUAUUCAGGGACAUGGUACAGAUCAUCUCAAAAACUUUUCUGUCAAUUUCUUGAAGGUUUUUAAAUCAGAAUGAAAUCUUAUGUCCUUUCUAUUGUUCUGGGGAGAAAUAUCUAGGAAAGAUCAAGACAUUUAUAUGACUAGCUAUAAGAAAUAAGAUUCACGCCAAGGAAUUCUUGGGAUGGAAGGGAUGGAUGAUUUCACGUUCUUGUAUUCUAUCCUAAAGGAACUGUCAGUCAUUUACUUUGAACUGCAGGUUUGUCAAGUUUAUUUGGGGAAAAAUAGAAGUCCAACCGUGGCAUUGAAGGCAGGUUUAUUUUGAUUGCCUACAGCAACUCCCUGAAGGGUUGGGCUGUUUAAUCAAGAGUUGGUGUCAUGGUCAUCUCACAGCUAUGCAUUGUAAACAGAACCUCUCAUUCUUGGCAAAAAAAA